GAUCUGUUCGAUCAAUCGCUCUCUGCUUUGGUUGUGUGCCUUGAACCGCAGAUUUCCCGACAUGCCUGGCGAGUACACUCUCACCUACUUCCCUGUGCGAGGACGUGGAGAAGCCAUACGCCUGCUGCUGGCUGAUCAGGGACAGGAAUGGACUGAGGAUGUGGUGAAUGGGGAGAUUUGGAAGAAGGGAGAUCUGAAGAAAUUAUGUGCCUUUGGCCAGGUGCCGAGAUUCCAGGAUGGGAAUUUUAUAUUGCAUCAGUCAAAUGCUAUUCUGCGCCACUUGGCUAGGAAUCACGGACUCUAUGGUGAAGAUGCAAAGGAAGCAGCACUGCUGGACAUGGUGAAUGAUGGUGUGGAGGAUCUGCGAAACAAAUAUGCCCGCUUAAUCUACCAGAACUAUGAAUCUGGCAAAGCUGCUUACAUUGAGGCCCUGCCAGCUGAGCUGGCCCCUUUUGAGAAGCUCUUGGCUGAGAACGAUGGAGGGAAAGGCUUCAUUGUAGGCAAACAGAUUGGCUUUGCAGACUAUAAUCUGCUUGACAUUCUACAUGUUCAUUUGGUCCUGGCAUCCAAUUGCCUGGCUUCCUUGCCUUUGCUGGCUGGCUACGUGCAACGCCUUAAUGACCGGCCACUUCUCAAGAAUUUCCUGGAAUCAGAUGCCCGUAAGAAACGCUUCAUCAAUGGGAAUGGCAAGCAGUGAAGCCAUUUACUUUCCUAGGAUGCAAGUUUGUAGUUUUGUACCUUUGAGAUCUAAUAAAGCUACCGUAGUUUUUAAAAAGGCCUCUGUCACUCUGCUGGGGAAGGAAAAUCAUGAAAACCAUGGAGAUGGAAGCCUUUUACAGUCCAGAAAAGAUGGUUUUGUAUUUGGUUUUUAGUUGUACUAAAGUAGCAAUAAUGCUAAAGCAUUUAUUAAUGGCAAUGGUAGAUACACUUUAAAAAAAAGAAUAAAUGCAGUUCUGCAAAGACUGAUUCAUGGUGUGGCUAUGACACAGGAGUAAGAAUGUAUCAUUCACCCAUGCUCUUUUCCCAUUGGAAUCCAGUCGUCGUAUUUUUUUUACGUCAACAGUUCCUCAUAAAUCAGUCAAACCCCCCCCCCCCUUUAAAUAUAUUCUGGUCUCUCUUACUAGCAGCGUACAUUUCUCUUAGCAGUAAUCUGCAUUUCAAGUUCCAAGAUUACAGUUCCAAAAUUAUGGUGUACACUGCAUUUCAGGAUUAAAGAUUGCUAAAACUG